AUGGCGAUCUCUCAAACCCCUUCUCGGGUAUCCGUCCAGCCCAUCGUCCCUCCACAGGGCUCAGCUGUCGACUUUGGAGCUAUUGUCACCAAUGUUGACAUUGAACAUCUCACCGAUGCCGAUUUCCAUGUCAUCCGUGAUGCCCUCUUCCAGCACCAAGUCGUCGUCAUCAAGAACCAGGGCCACGCCUCCCCGAAAGCCCAGUUCGAGAUCACGCAGAGGUUCGACCCCGACGCCGGUGCCUCGUACGGCCACGGCAAGACGGUCGACGCGAAGCGCUCGAUCCUGCACCCGGACCUCAAGACGAUACCCCAUCAGCCCCAGGUGCAGGUCAUUGGCAACGGCUUCGUGGAGGAGUACGAAGGCCUCAAGAACAUCCGGCUCAGGCACCCGCACCACCGCACAUUCCACGCCACUACGAUCCCGGCCGAGGACGACCUCGACUUCACCCGCUUCUACCGCUGGCACAUCGACGCCGCGCUCUACGGCCUCGCGCCGCCCGUCGCCACCACCCUGCUCGCCGUCCGUGUGCCCGGCGGCCGCACCCAGACGCUCCGCUACGACGACGGCUCCGGCGACGAGAUGACUGUCCCACUCGGCACCACGGCCUUCGUCUCGGGCUACGCCAUGUACGACCGGCUCACCCCCGAGGACCAGCACUUUGCCCGCACGACGAGGGUCGAGUACGCCCCGCACCCCUACGUCUGGAUGAGCAGCGCAAAGGCCCGCUCCGACGGCCUCGGCCUCGUGUCCGAGGGCAAGGAGGUCCCGCUCGGCGACCUGCCGCCCGUCGAGGAGGACAAGAUUCAGGUCUUGCCCAUGUGCUGGCGCAACCCCGUCACGGGCCGGCUCGCGCUGCAGGUCCACCCGUCGGCGGUGCGGAGACUGCACCUGGCGGACGGCACCGUGGCCGAGGACCUCGCCGAAGUCCGCGAGAUUGUGCACCGGCUGCAGCGACCGGGUAUCGCGCCCGGGAACGUCUACGCCCACGACUGGGAGCAGGGCGACUUUGUAAUCUUCCACAACCGAGGCGUGAUUCACUCGGUCGUCGGUGCCUUUGCAGAAGACGAGGUUCGCUUGUUCCGACAGUGUAACAUCGCCGCCAGUCGGCUUCCGGAGGGGCCCCUUUGA